CAAAUGCUCUCUCCUCCUUUUAUAAUCCCAAAACCUCAUUGUGGCUUUGGGAAACAAACACUCCCCCUUUUAAUUCCCCUCUCUCUUCUCUCCUUCACUCGAUACACAGUUACAGAGAUCCAAAGAGAGUCGCGACAAAGAUAGAGACAAGGGAGAGAGAGAGAGAGAGAGAGAGAGAGAGAGAGAGAUUCAAUGGAGUGUUAGAAGAAAACCCUUUGUGAGGAAGAAGAAGAAGGAGGAGGAGGAGGAGAUUUCGUGUAUAACCAUACCUCAUUCGACUCUAGAAUCUUUUCUGAAAUGAAUUUAUCGAUGAAGAGUUCAACGAAACAUCUGGAAGAAUCCAGAAAUUUUGCUUCUCCUUCAUCAUCAUCUUGUUCGUACAUCAAUGGGACUGGAUCUCUGCAUCAUCACAUCGUCACCAGAUCUGAUCAUUACCCGACAACCUUUGUCCAAGCCGACACUUCAUCCUUCAAACAUGUCGUCCAGAUGCUCACUGGCUCCUCCUCUUCCUCCCCCAGGUCCCCAGAUUCACCUUCCCCGCCGGCGACCACCUCCGCCGGGAAGGGAAAUUUCAUUAUUCCGCCGAUCAAGACAGUACCGCCGAAGAAACAGACCGGAUUCAAGCUCUACGAGAGGAGACACAACCUCAAGAACAGCUUCAUGAUCAAUACCCUCAUGAUCGGCGGCGGAGGAGGAGGAGGAUUUAACGGUAGCUCAGGAUUUUCGCCGAGGAAUCCGGAGAUUCUGUCGCCUAGCUGUCUGGAUUUUCCGAAGCUGGGUCUGAACAGCCCCGUGACGCCGCUGAAGAACGAGGGAGACCCGUUCGACAAGAUGUCGCCAUUGUCGAAUGAAGAGAGGGCAAUUGCGGAAAAAGGUUUUUAUCUGCACCCAUCUCCGAUUUCUACGCCGCGAGAUUCGGAGCCGCCGCAGCUGCUCCCGCUUUUUCCCGUCACUUCUCCGAAAGUCUCGCCGGAAGAAUCUAACUGAGGGGGGAGAGAGAGAGAGGGAUAUGUUUAUAAUUUACUGCAACUGUAAUUGUUUUUUAACUCUCUUGUAUGGUUAAAAGUAUUUUUCAGCCCUGUAUCUUUUUACUAUUUGCGAAAAUUGCCUAUAAAAAUUUGUCGUUCACUUUGGGCCCCAAA